AACCCAACCGGUCGUUCCAUUUCGGAACGCUGAGACAACGGGCGGGCGCUCCCAUUGGCCGCCGCGGCCCGACAGAAUCUCACGGUCGCCAACGUUCGCUGCGGGGCGGCUGCAGGAGAACCGGCCGAGGCGUGUUCCAGCCCCCGGGACCCGGGCCCUGCCGGGAUCCGCCUCGACAUGCCCUGACCUAGCGGGGCUCGCUGCGCAAGGUUGAACAUGGCUGACCUGGUUCAUAAAAGGGGGAAGAGGCAGGACGACAACGGGCUGGGCGGUGCUGUUGACUUCCUGUUGGCCAAUGCCAGGCUGGUGCUUGGGUUGGGGGGUGCUGCUGUGCUGGCCAUCGCAACUCUGGUGGUGAAACGGUUGAUAGACCGAGCCACCAGCUCGCCUGACGAGGACGACACUAAGGCAGAGCAGAAGUCCAUCGAGGAGAGCUGGCAAGAUCUGAGCUUGAUCAAGGCAGUGCCGAAGCCUCCAAAGAAGCAAAGCCGGGCAGACCUCAGCGAGUCUCUGCUGUCCCCAUCUGCGACCCUUCCUACCCAAGCCGCCGAGACUCAUGGCCAUCCCACCUCCCUGGAGACUCCCCAAGUAGAAUCCAGGACUCUGCUUUGUCUCACAUUCCAGGAGAAACUCCUCUCUUACUACAGAAACCACGUCACCAUCCCGGAAUCGGACGUGGCCCUUGGUAAGCAGCUGGCAAAGGACAUCUGCAUUGAACUGCAGAGCUUCCUGCAAAACAAGUGCCCAGAACUGCCUUUCGGCAGCAUGUUCCUCAGUGGUUCCCUCUGCGAUGACCUCCAGGUUGUUGCUGCCGACCAUGUCUGCUUCAUGCUGCCCUUGGUAUUUGAAACCACGCUCUGGAGCCUCAUCCCAGGGGAGGACACCAUCGUAAAAGAUCCCCAGUUCUGGAUGAUCAGGCGGACUGACCUGGAGUACUUCCCUCGCGGGAGCAGCCCUUGGGACAGGUUCAUAGUGGGCAGGUACCUCUCCUCCAACGUGAUCAAUGAGGCGCUCCAUAAAAUGCUGGUGGCCUCUGUCAACUGGCCUGCCAUAGGCAGCAUGUUGGAGUGCCUCAUCCGACCCGUGAUGGCUUCCGAGGAGCUGAAGUUGGAGGUUACGCAUUACGAGACCCAGCUGAACAUAACCCUCUGCCCAGUGACAGAAGCUGGGGGUAAGGUUCUUCUUGCCAAGCCUCCAAAAGGACUAGUGGAAAACCUCUGGCGACAAAGCUUUUAUAGGUCCGAGGUCUCCAAGCUUAAAGAUCUGGAUGCUGCAGACUCUGGAGCCAGGCAAUGCUGCCUCAAAAUCCUAAAAGGCGUCUGUAAAAAUCAUCCCUUCUUGAGCAAACUGACUGGCAGCCACCUGACUCAUGUCCUCCUCCACCUGAGUGAAAGUGAAUCAGACUGGGCAGAGGAAGCCCUGGCUGCGAGGUUCCAGCACGUGCUUGAAGCGUUGGUUGGCUACCUGGAGACAGGCUUCCUCCCCUGCUAUUUCAACAGUCAGAUUAACUUGUUCUGCGAGCUGCUGGAGGAGGAGAUAGAUGAGAUGGGGUAUGCACUCUACAGUGCUGUGUCUCAGCCAGACCUCUUGUUCCUGCAACAGGCGGAUAAAUGAAUUGCUAGCCUGGGAGUUCCUGAUUGUAGGUUUUUUGCGCGUCUCUGCAUCCACUUCUCUAAGCUGAGUGGAUUGCAAAGCUUCUCACUUCCUAGUUGCUACCAGGAAAUCCUUGCACUUAGUGAACAAAGUAGUCACUUUUUCGACACAAGGUGCCUGAGUAAAGGGAUGGGAAAUGGGAUCUGGAGCCCAUCACCACCAGGUCUCGCCACUUCCAAUCCAGCCCAUGGCUGUAGUCAUGAGAAGUCAGGUAUCAUCUAUUGAGUGGUGAGGCCUGGUUGAAGUGAGUUUGGUCUCCGUCCUGUCCCUACCAAACUGCCGUCACGGUUGAAACGAUAGCAUGAGGCGGCCCAGGAUUGAAUGGGCCUGGAAACUGAACUUCCCCUUGUUCCUGGAGGUAGUCCCUCCAGACCAGACCCUCACUGGUGAGUGUGGGGAACCUUACACUGCCGCUGCUUGUACUGUACCUGGACUGUGUAUAAACUGGACUUGUCUUCAGGGCUCUCAAUCCAGCCCCUUUCACGAGCACAAAAUCCACUGUUCAAGUGUCAGACUCUAAACUUAUAAGAGGGUGGUGUUGGAACCUGGUAUGAAUUUGCAAACCCAGGACUUUGGCAGCAUGAAGGGACAGGGCUGAGGAGAGGAUCAGUUGAAACUGAUUAUGCACCACAGGAUAUUGCCAUAGCCAAUCAAAUCCCAUCUGCUUUUUCCUGACGCACUUUCAGUGUUACUAAUGUAGUUCCCAACAGGACAAGCUAAAUCUAACUGGUGUUGCUCGUUCUGUUAAUGUGAGCUCUAAUACUAGGGGUUCAGUACCCGAUUGGGAGUCUUUUUAUGUUUUAACUCUCCCUUAUGCACUUCAGCAGGGGCUCCACGGCGGGAUUAAGGGUGGUGGUGACUGAGGGAGAGAGAUGGGUCCUACAGCUGUGGACACACAAAAGACUGUCGCAUGGCUGCAAGGUAGAACAGUGCUGGACCUACUGCUGUCGUACCCACGUCCCCCUCUGCUUUAAAAUGAAUCAUGUUGACAGUCCCCACUCCAGCUUUUCAGAUUCAAGUGUUAUGCAUGUGUUGCUUCUAUCUAGAUAUCCUGCCCCUUCUCGGUAAUCAAUAAGACUGCUUACCCCCAGAAAGGGGCAGGAUGGGGACAAUGCUUUAAUCAGAAGGCUUCUGUUAGCAAGAGCUGAAGUGAUUUUAUGUUUGUCUUCCUGUUAAGAAUGAGUUGGUUUUAUAGUGCUGCUGAGAGAUUUACUUUGGUACCAGCUCUAGUUCAGAUACUAGAAAUAUGUUUUCUGACUGUUCUCAUGAAUUAAGAACCAUGCCUAUUUUGCACACGAUGGGUGGAAAAUAAACCUGCAGCCUUUUAAUGUGAGUAGCGACUGGUGUUUAGUUUUCUUUGCGGAGAUGGUAUUUUGUGUUUGGGGGUGUGUGUGUGGGGGGGAGAAUAAUCUAUUUCUCUGUGCACUGUGAUUCCCUCAAUCUGAAGACUACUUGAUCUGUAGGCACUAAACCAUGUUCCAAAUGUUAGUGACAAGAAUAAAAUCUCACUGCGGAAUGGG